AUGGAUGUCUCCAACGCCUUCCUCCAUGGUCACCUCCAGGAGCAUGUCUUCUGCCAGCAGCCCACCGGGUUUGUUGACCCGGCGCUUCCCGACCACGUGUGCCUGCUUUCGCGGUCCUUGUACGGACUCAAGCAGGGCUCUGACACAGCCUACUUGCUGCUCUAUGUCGACGACAUCAUCCCGACGACAUGUAUGGCUGGUCUCCUCACUCAGCUCACGGCUCGUCGUUGCGCUGAGUUCGCCAUCAAGGAUUUGGGCCCUUUGCACUACUUCCUCGGUGUCGAGGUGGUGCGCCGUCCGGAUGGCUUCUUCCUUCAUCAGCGGAAGUACGCUCACGAGCUCCUCGAGCGUGCCGGCAUGCUUAACUGCAAGCCCGCCGCUACGCCUGUUGAUACGAAGGCCAAGCUUUCUGCCACGGAUGGUUCUCCUGCUUCGUAUACUGCUUUCUAUCGGUCUAUCGUUGGUGCUCUCCAGUACCUCACUCUGACUCGACUGGAGAUCCAGUAUGCCGUGCAGCAGGUGUGUCUUCAUAUGCAUGCUCCUCGAGACGUUCACUGGGCUGCCGUCAAGCGUAUUCUCCGCUAUAUCUGUGGCACUACGGAUCUUGGUGUCACGCUUCACGCCUCCGCCUACUCCGAUGCAGACUGGGCGGGCUGCCCUGACACUCGUCGCUCCACUUCGGGCUAUUGUGUCUAUCUUGGACCCUCACUCAUCUCGUGGUCGUCCAAGCGGCAGCCUACGGUCUCUCGUUCCAGUGCUGAGGCUGAGUAUCGUGCAGUGGCCAACGCCGUCGCCGAGUGUUCGUGGCUUCGUCAGCUGCUUCAGGAGCUCUUUUGCCCUAUUGACCGUGCCACGGUGGUCUACUGCGACAACGUUUCGGCGGUCUACCUCUCCGCUAACCCGGUUAAUGGCUUUUUUCAUAUCAUGUUCCAUGAAGAUAAUAGUGUCACCGACAUACCACAUGAUUGGAACUUCCCCAUCCACAAGGUGCGAGAUAAGUCCUGCGACUUGUCCAUCCUACAUUAG